AUGACUUCACCAGCCUCCACUGGCGCUGCCUGGGGCGCGUGGCAGGUCGAACCAUCCUCUUUCACAAAAUAUCCUGAGGAGCUGGCAGACCGAAGCUGGGACAAUGUUGGCUUGCUCCUGUCCAACACUGACGACGGCACCGACAAGCGGAAGCCAGUGGUCAUGGUGACGAAUGACUUGACCUAUCAAGUGGCUGUCGACGCAAUUGAGCAAGGAGUCAGCGUGAUUGUUUCUUACCACCCCUUUAUUUUCAGUGGCUUGAAGAGCAUCACCCACAAUGACCCUCAACAAGCAACGCUGAUUCACCUGGCCAAGGCCGGAGUCGCCGUCUACUGCCCACACACAGCUGUGGACGCUGCGCCAGAGGGACUGAACACCUGGUUGGCCAAUGUCAUUUCCGGCGAGCACAAGUCAGAGAGAUCUGUGGCCGUUCCUUGCAACGCAGCACCCGAGUCUCACUCGCCCGCUGGGUACGGCGCCAUUGGUAACUUUGCCGAUGAGGUGCCCCUCAGUGAGAUCCUGAAGAGGCUGGCCGAGAAGCUGGGUGGGCUGCAGCACAUCAUGAUCGCCUCGCCCGUGGGCUCGGACCCCAAAACCGCCAAGGUCAAGUCCUUUGGCGUUUGCGCCGGCAGUGGCUACGACGUCCUGAAAAAGGCCGACGUCGACUUGAUCGUGACGGGCGAGACCAGCCACCAUUCCGCGCUGCGCGCCAUCCAGCAGGGCAGGACUCUUGUCACUGUCUUCCACAGUAACUCAGAGAGGGCUUAUCUCCAGGAGGUCCUCAAGCCAAGGCUGCAGGAAGAGUUAAGACAACAACAAUUCAAGGACGCCAAAGUCGUGGUGAGUAAGUACGACAAGGACCCAUUCACCAUUGUCAAUGUGGAAGAUCUGUAG